UAUAAAUAUGAGCUUUGCAAUGGAAGUUCAACGCAGUCAUGGAGCUUCAAUUUGAAUCCUUCGCCCUUGUCUCAGCCUGCUUCCUUUUCCUGUUUACUUUAUUAAAAAUACUCAAACGAGCAGAAGCUGAAACGCCAAGCUCGGAAAAGCCUCCAGGGCCAUGGAAACUACCCCUAAUAGGAAACAUUCACCAGCUUAUUGGCUCGCUACCUCAUCACUCCUUGACCAAGUUAGCCAAGAAAUAUGGACCGGUGAUGCACCUACAGCUCGGUGAAGUUUCGUCCAUCGUCAUUUCUUCUCCGGAAAUGGCCCAGGAGGUUCUGAAAACCCAUGACAGUAAUUUUUCUGACAGGUCUAUUGUUCUUGCUAUUAAGAUCCUGACUUAUGGCUGUAGAGGCAUAGCCUUUGCACCUUAUGGCGAUUAUUGGAGACAAAUGAGAAAAACUUGUACCAUGGAGCUCUUAAGUUUAAAGCGUGUCCAAUCCUUCAGAUCGAUUAGAGAAGAAGAGGUGUUAAAACUCAUCAAAUCAAUAUCUUCACAUGAAGGAUCUCCAAUCAAUCUCACAGAGAAAUUUAUGUCAUUGAUAUAUGGCAUCACGGCAAGGGCAGCCUUCGGGAAGAAAAACCAGGACCAGGAAAAAUACAUAUCGUUAAUGCCAGAAGCUUCAAAGCAGGCAUCAGGUUUUGUUAUAGCUGAUUAUUACCCUUCAAUUAAAGUACUUCAAUAUAUCACAGGAAUAAGGACUAGACUUGAGAAACUACAUUGGGAAAUUGAUAUGGUACUCCAGAACAUUCUGAAUGAGCAUAAAGACCGAAAAAAGUUGGCUGCAGGAGAAGAUCUACUUGAUAUUCUUCUGAAAAUCCAGGAGGAUAGUGACCUUGAAUCCUCAAUAACUGACAACGACAUCAAAGGAAUCAUCGGGGAUGUUUUCGGGGCUGGAAGUGAGACAUCAUCAACGACGAUGACGUGGGCGAUGACAGAAAUGAUGAAAAACCCAAGCGUGAUGAAAGAGGCACAAGCUGAGGCAAGACGGGUCUUUAAAGGGAAUGGAAACGUUGAUGAAAUUGGCAUCCAUGAGUUAAAAUACUUGCAUUCAGUUAUCAAAGAAACCCUGAGACUGCAUCCUGCAGGACCUCUUUUAGCUCCUAGAGAGAGCAGAGGCACCUGUGAGAUUAAUGGAUACAAGAUACCUGAAAAGACUAGGGUGAUUAUUAAUGCAUGGGCAAUUGGAAGAGAUCCCAAGUAUUGGAGUGAAGCUGAGAAAUUUUAUCCUGAGAGAUUUCUCAACAGUUCAAUAGAUUUUAGAGGAUCAGAUUUUGAGUUUCUCCCAUUCGGAAGUGGAAGGAGGAUGUGUCCAGGCAUAGCUUUUGCACUAGCUAAUAUUGAAUUGCCACUGGCACAAUUGCUUUACCAUUUCGAUUGGAAACUGCCCAGUGGGAUGAGGCAUGAAGCCCUGGACAUGGCUGAGCAAAUGGGUUUAACUGUAAGAAGAAAAGAAUAUCUGAUCCUGAUUCCUGUUGCUCAUAAUCCCACAUUUGUUGAAUGAAAAGAAUAGAGCUAUGUGCACAAA